GAGAGAUUCGCGUCGGGUUUAGGCUCUCUUUACUAAAAACACGGUGCAACACCCCUCCUCCUCGUCCUCCUCCUUGCCCCCUACUCCUUCUUCGGGAAACCUUUGAAAUUCGCGUGCCCGACGAAAGAUGCAGGAAAUAAGGAACUUUGGGCCGGUUAGUGAGCGACAGACGCCAUCUUUCGGAUGCCGAGUUUUUCCUCUUUCAUCUUCGCGACAAGAAAAUUGAUAAUAACAAUGAAAGAAGAAUUGAAAUAAAAAAAAGAAGGAAAGUGAGCAAACAAUAAAUGAGUAGCACGGCACCGUUCUUGAAUUACGCGUGUGAUAUUUAAAUAAUACGAUUUAUAUACGUGCACAAUUUAAACACGUAAAAGGAAGAAAAUAAAUCAUCGUCGUUGUGUGAAAAUUGGGGCAAAAUUCAUUCACAAAAGAUAUACGUGUGAUAUCUUUUCUCUUAUUUCUGACACACUAUGGAAAAUUGGAGCUCGGUGUAUACUCCGAUGAAUGGUGGUCAAUGAGACGGAUGAGUAGACGAAGAUACAAAUUUCGAAUUACAAUUGUGUCAAUAAACCCAAAGAUAACUAGAUGAAGAAGAUAAAAGUGUUGUGCUGCUGUUAUUUCAAUUAAUCGUCAACUGUGGAUCUUGAUCGUGAAACGAGAACGUUUUUUUUCCAAUCAUCUCCGAACCGAGAGCAGUGUUAUAAAACAAAAUAACUGUUUAUAUUGAGUGAAAAAAAUCUUAGAUACCACGAAAUAAUAGCGCAAUGAAAGAGAGAGAGAGAGGAAUCAACGGCUGUUUAUAGCAUAGCGAAACAUGGACGGGACGAUUUAGACGAGAUACGCUUGUCGUUGUCGAUCUAUCUAUAUCUUUCUCUCUGUCUGUUCGUGAUGUGGUGCCGUGUAGCGUGAGAAUACAGAGGUUUUUAACACACACAAACACAUAACAUACUGAGACUUUAUAUAUAGGCGUAGUAUUUUCUCUCUUGUGUUUUCGACCGUUCGUGGUUUUCGUGAAAGAGACAACAUCGAGUGCCGUUUUUUUUAAUCCAUGUAUAUAUAUCCCAUUCUUUCUCCCAGAAGGUUUCGAUGAUUCUGGUGACUUGGAUUUUCUUAAUGCCCUUCGGAUAGUGCGAAUAAAAAAGUGGAUAGGAGAUAAAGAGGGAGGAUUUAUUGUGAUCGCUAGAAGGGCUACGCGACGACGGGAGGAGGGGGAGGAGGAGGAACGCCGCAGGGGGGGGAGAAGGAAGAAACACACACGCGUACAAACGUGAGGAAAUAAAAGGAAGGAAAAAAUUGGAAGAGGGAGAGAGAAAUACGAGAAUAGUGCACAAGUGUGUUCAAAAGUCCGCUGCAAACGGCGAGUUUUCUUUGACGACAUGUCAGAAUCGUUUUCUUGUAUUGCUAUCGGUCUUCAUAAUCAAACGAUAAUUUGGUUAAAUUUUGAAGUCGCGCCGGGAAUUCCGUAAAACGAAGUGUAUUUAAAAGACAUUCGAGAGACUUAUCAAAAUCAAACAAAAGUGAAGAUAAAUCAAACGAUAUUAAGGGAAAAACCAAAAAGGAAGAAAAAUCGACCUAUCGAUUCUUUUGACCCUCUCUCAUUCUCUCUCUCUCUCUCUUCCCCCGUGCCCCUCCCAACACGACGUUUCUUAAUGGUCGACAUAUAUGUAUACAUAUACAUAUCUAUAUAUAUAUACUUAUGCUAUGUACGUAUGUAUACAGUGAGAUUUUCUCGUUCAUCAUCUGCUUCUCGCACGGAUGAUUAUAACCUCAAAAGUUUCGGCUAAUCCGCCGCCGCCACCGUCGUUCACAGUACCGCCACCCUCAUUCCCUUUCCCAGUGCAUCGCGAUUUUGUCAUUUGGUAAAUAUCUCCUUUCGAGGUUAUGUUACAGUUUUCCUUCACUUCACCCUUUUUUCCUUCGUUCACCCGAGUUUAUCGACAAGUGCGCGAAUCUUUUAGUGUGUGUCUGUGCUUCGAAGGAGAGGGAGAGAGAGAGAAAAAGAGAGAAAGUGAAUUAUUUUGUGAAUAAAUUGGGUUUUCGAAGCCCGAUAAUUUUUGGAAGAGUAAAACAAUCUCGUACGAGACGUAGACCGAUCUCAAUCGGAUUUUACUGUUUUCAAAAGAUCGAAACAGAGAAGUGCGGCGGAAGAAAAAAAGUGUGACAAGACACCGCAUAAGACAAUUGCGUGUGUGCGUGACCCAUAUUUAAAAAUUGUUUUUCUUUUCUUUUUAACCCUCUUCAAAAAUGUGUUUGCCAUAUUUGAGCAAAAGGAGAGAACCUCUCAAAAUGUACACUCGUGGGAAGGAGAGCCUCGUUGUGACAUAAUAGAGGCUAAAAUAAAAAAAAAUCCUACAAAUAAAACGGUAAAAGGAUUAUCAGUGGUGUUUAUUCAAACAAAAAAACAAGCGUAAUUGAAAAGUUAUUGUAAAACUCAAGUGUCAAGGCCAGUGCAGAUGGAUAAACAGGGAUGACUGAUAAUUGCUGGAAUUCUGGUGGUGGCGCUGGCGUCAAGAUGGAGCAUUUUCAGGCCACCCUGGACCCCAGGAAGCAGGAGUUAUUGGAAGCCCGCUUUCUCGGAGCACGGGGUGGUCAGAACAAUGCGACGAGCAAAAGUGUAACGAUCGCUCUGGCCACGGGAACAGGUCCGAUUGUUAACAACGCUAGUGCCGCGGUGGCGCCACAUUCAGCAUCGAUACCGAGUGUCGCUGCUGUAAGAUGCGGACAGCCAACCGCCGUAGGAAUAGACUGGACACGCCGUGAAAAUUCAACUUCCCGUGAUCAGCGUAAUUCGUCGUCCAGCACCGCCUCGACAAACGUGCAAGGACAGCUAUCAUCUCAGAUGUCUGCUGGAUCACAAAUUCAGAUGGCACCCCAAUCCACGGUAAACUCUGGUCAGUCGGUUCAUAGUCAAGACUCGAACAUGAGCACCGGCUCGUCGCACAGCGACAAAGAAGUUGAUCCUAAUACGCCGGAAAAGGUGCCAAGAACACCUUCCGAGAGAAAGAGAAAGCGAAAAGUGGAUGACGGAGGUGGCAGCGGGCCUGGCAUUGUUGCCAAAGGUGCUCGAUCCGCUGGUACUCUCGAUAAUAAAAAAAUCAACGAGUACUUUCCUAAACACCACGUCGGCAGUAGUCCUAUUAGACACGCCGGCGCUAAGAGCCCAUCCCCUCAAGCCGGUUACCCUAUGUAUCCACCGGCGACACAGCCAUUAAUAUCGCCUCAAGUUACGCCGCCAAAUUCGUCAGUAGCGGAAUUUUCGUCGUUGAUGCAACCACCGCGUACACUCCCGCAACCACCGCCACCCCCGCCACCCACGACUGCCCAACCUGCCGGCUCAAUGGUCAGCAAGCAGGUGCAGGUAAGGCCCACGAACCUCCCUAGGACAAGCCAGGUCAGGCAAGCGAAGACUAACACCCCAAAUACGGAACUCACUUGCCAGAGGAUACAAGAAUUCGAAACUCAGGCAUCGUCAGAUUUGGAACUACGUAAUAAUAAAAUUGACGAACUAAAUAGAACAACCGAAGAACUUAGGCAUCAAAUGGCCAAUCAGCAAAAGGUGAUUGACCAGCACAAAUCCCAUAUAAAUAAGUGUAUAGACGUUGUAAAGAAGUUAUUAAAAGAAAAAUCAAACAUAGAGAAGAAGGAGGCUAGGCAAAAGUGUAUGCAAAAUAGACUGAGGCUCGGUCAGUUUGUAACGCAAAGGGUCGGUGCGACCUUUCAAGAAAAUUGGACCGAUGGUUAUGCCUUUCAAGAAUUAGCCCGAAGACAAGAAGAAAUUACGACCGAACGCGAAGAAAUUGAUAGGCAAAAGAAAUUACUUCUCAAAAAAAGGCCGUCUAACAGCGAAACUGGACGGAAAAGAAGUCAACAAACUCCCUCGCUGCACAAUGGUACCGAGGCUACUUUUUUAAAACCUGAUGCUGUACCCGGCUCUUACACGUCGCAAGAGUAUUACGAAGCUGAUGAAAUACUCAAGCUAAGACACAGCGCUUUGAAGAAGGAGGACGCCGAUCUUCAGCUCGAAAUGGAGAAGCUCGAGAGAGAAAGAAAUCUUCACAUCAGAGAAUUGAAGCGCAUACACAACGAGGACCAAUCAAGAUUCAACUCUCAUCCAGUACUGAAUGAGCGGUAUUUGUUACUCAUGUUGCUAGGGAAAGGCGGCUUUAGCGAGGUCCACAAGGCAUUCGACCUAAAGGAACAGCGUUACGUGGCCUGCAAAGUGCAUCAACUCAAUAAAGACUGGAAAGAAGAUAAAAAAGCCAAUUAUAUAAAGCACGCGUUACGGGAAUACAAUAUACACAAAGCACUGGAUCAUCCACGGGUCGUGAAGUUGUAUGACGUUUUCGAAAUUGACGCAAACUCAUUUUGUACUGUUCUUGAAUACUGUGAUGGUCACGAUUUAGAUUUUUACCUUAAGCAGCAUAAAACAAUACCGGAGAGAGAAGCAAGAUCGAUCGUGAUGCAAGUUGUGUCAGCAUUAAAGUACCUCAAUGAGAUAAAACCACCAGUCAUACAUUACGAUCUGAAACCAGGAAAUAUUUUGCUGACGGAAGGAAAUGUCUGUGGUGAAAUAAAAAUAACGGAUUUCGGUCUGAGUAAAGUUAUGGAUGAGGAGAAUUACAACCCAGAUCAUGGGAUGGAUCUCACGUCUCAAGGGGCCGGUACUUAUUGGUACUUGCCACCCGAAUGUUUUGUAGUUGGUAAAAAUCCCCCGAAAAUCUCGUCAAAAGUUGAUGUCUGGAGCGUUGGAGUCAUAUUUUAUCAGUGCCUGUAUGGCAGAAAGCCCUUCGGUCACAACCAAUCGCAAGCAACAAUACUAGAAGAGAAUAUAAUAUUGAAAGCUACAGAGGUCCAGUUUGCAAACAAACCGACGGUUAGCAACGAAGCAAAGAGUUUUAUACGGAGUUGCUUAGCGUACAGGAAAGAAGAGAGAAUUGACGUAUUGACGCUGGCGCGACACGAGUAUUUACAGCCUCCGGUCCCGAAGCACGGUCGUCAAGCAAACACGCAGCAAAUACAGCAGGCGCAGCAGGCACAGCAGAUACAGCAAGCACAGCAACAGCAACAAACAUCAUUCACGACCGGAAUGUUCAGCGGUAUGAACGCCUCGAGCAGCUCGUAGUGAAAUUUACGGGCUAAAAAAAGGAGAUAAGCCAAAAGACGACAAAGAGAGCAAGAAUGAGAAAAAUUUUGAAGAGGAAUGGAAAAAAAGGAAAUAAUCAGAGAGGAUGCUGAACAGAUUGAAACCGAGAUAUCGAUUUUAUCACAUAAAAUGCCAAAUCUUCAAAGUCCUCGCGCGUUUCAUCUUAAAUCGAAUGAACGAGAAAGAUUGUAAUAUGCGCGCGAGAAAGAGGAAGAGAGAGAGAGAGAGAGAGAGAGAGAGAGAGAGAGAGAGAGAGAGAAAGAAAGACGAACGAGUGAAAAAAUUCGUAUGAUCGAUUGUAAAUAUAUCGAAAGAAGAAAUUUGAAUCACCGAAAUAUCGCCGUCACAAAGUCACCACGAAUCACCGCUAAUUUAAAAAAAUAGUAAUAAUCCUUUCAGGACGUAGUAUGAAGGAAAAACGUAAAUGUAUCAAAGUACAUGUGGCUCUCCUCCUUCUUUCUUUUUAUCUCUCUCCCUUUUUUAGCACGAAUUCACGAGGUGUAACUCGUCGAUUCAAGCACACGAUGUGAGGAAUAAGUAUAGGAAGAAAAAUACAUUGUUUUUUUUUCUUGAAUAUUCAAUUGUAUUAACGUUCCUCGUAUCGACAAAGUGAGCCGACUGAAAAAAAAAAACAAAGCAAAAAAUGUAGUGUUUAAUGAUUCAAGAACAAAGGAAGGAAGAGAAAGAUUGAUGAACGGAGCAAUCACAUCGAUUUUGUGAAUCAAGAGAGCAGCAAGCAAAGAGAUAAUGAGAGAAAUAAAAAUAAAAAUGUGAUAAGUCAUUGUGAAAUAAAAAAAAAAUCUACAGAAUAAAGUGAAAGAAGCAAAGGGAGUACGUGGGGAACUUCUAUUGCACCAAGAACAUGACGAACACUGGAAUUCGAAGUAAUGAGAAAUCACGGAAAGUGAUAAUGAUUGGUCGAGGACGACGCACGACGGAAGAAGAACAAAAACAAUAAAGUAACAAACCCAAGUAACGAAUGUUGCGAGGCCGGAAAUAUUACAACCUCGUCCUGGAGAGCACACGCGAAAAGAGAGGACGAAAUUUAAGAGAGUGAGAGAGAGAAGGAAGAACCUUCAUUUUUCUCUCUCUCUCUCUCUCUUCCAACGAAAUAUCGUCCUAGGAUGUGUUUUCCGAGAGUGCGUGGGUGCAUGUGUGCGUGAGUGAGUAUUUACGUGAGCGUUACGCUGAGCAAAGAGCGCCCGACGAUUUUUUUUAGUCAAAAAGACUUUGCUGCUUUCAAGGAAGAAAGAAAUUGAAAAAAAAAUGAAUUGUGAAUCAGAUAUGAUUAUUGAUGAAAACUGAUGAUAAACAAAAAACGGACUCGUUCCUUUGUGUGUGCGUCUUCUUCUGACUCUUCGGGUGUGCGUGUGAAUGGUUGAUGAAAAAAAAAAAAAAAACAAAAUUAAUAAUAAUAUUAAUCAACCAACCGUGAGAAAAAAACGACACGAUAAAAAGAACGUAACAUGAAGAAAAACAAGGAAAGAAAAAAAACAUAAGUGCGUCGAGACGAUUGUUAUUUACUAGCAUGCGUGUACAUAUUUAUACUAUAUAUAUAUUAUACUAAUAAAAUCCGAUAUAAUAUACAUAUAUAUAUACGCGUAUAUAUAUAUAUAUUAUGGUGUAAAGAGAAGACGAUAAUGAAGAAGAUGAAGAAGAAGAAGCAGAACAGCAUUUGAUCGGAGCGAGGGGGAAGAGAGAAGGAGAAGAACAAACAAACAAAACAUUGGGAGGAGAAUAUGAAUUGUUUUUCUCUGUAAAUGUGAUCUAUCCUCGCAUGAACGCUCGUGCAGAAUUUUGGUAUUCCAUGAAUACUCGAAUCUGACACAUCAUGUUACUUUAUUCGAAUAAUUGAAUAUUAUUACCCUUAUAUCAUGAAUAAUAACGGAUUAACACAUAAAAAAAAAACAACAACAAGGAUCAAUGAAGUAAUUCAGAUUGUUUUGUUUUCUUACUCGGCUACCGGAAAAAUGGUCUAUUUUCUUUUUUUUAGGAACACGAUAAGCCAGGCUAACCCGAGAUUUUUUUUUAGCCUCAUUUAUCUCACGAGAAGUUCGCGCUAAUAAAAAUUUUAUCGGAAAUUCAAUUCCUACAAAUUUGCAUAUCAUGCACGUGAAGUUUCGACGAUUUUUAUAUCGUGUCGCUGCAUCGGACAGGGAAACUUGAAAUUUUGACAAAAUGAAUGUUUCGAACCCCCUUUUUUUCCAAAUAAUAUCGAAAUAUUCUCUUUUUUACUUGUCACGAAUGAAAAGAUUUCUGGAUUGCAUUAGUUUUUCGCUCCUUGUGUCUCGUGUAUCGAAGUUUGAUAAUUAUUAAUUGGGAAUAUGUUCCUGUUGAAAUGGGCUGAGAAUUGAGCUAUUGUUUAUACCGACUGCUCACCAGCGCAAUUUCGUAAAGUUACAGCGUCCCACUAUCGUGAAGAUUCGUGUAGCCGCAACCAUAAUUAACUUGUUCUGUAAAUUUUUUUACGUUGUAGCCAACGAAUGAUGUUUCAAACUUUUAUAACCCUUCUCCUGAAAUUCCCCCUCGCGAAAAGAACCUUCACCAUCGAUAGAUAACAUCCUGAUCAUCCUCCCCUCUUCGAUCGUGGGUUCCACAAAAUUGAAUUAUCAAUAGGCACUCUUUCUUUCGCGUUGUAUUUGUACGAAUUCAAUUCUUUGUUCAAUAUCUUUUUCGUUUUUUUUCCUUUAAUUUAGCAUUAAUAAUUGUACGAACUUGAUUAUCAGUUUUCUUUCUUCACUCAACUUUUUGUUUUAUAUAUGUACGUUAUAUAGAGAUAAUUAUGGAAAUAGAAGACUAAGUUAUUUUAUCAAGUGCCCUUGCUUUGUAUUAUAGUAGACGCGUCUGAUCGAGAGCGAUCGCAGCUUUUCGGAGAUUACAGCCUAGGCAAGAACUCUGCGAGAAGAGAGACGAGAGGAGAAACAAAGAAUAAAAUCAAGUUGUUAAAAACGAUAAUGAGUUUGGAAGUAUGAGAAAAAACACAAACAAACAAAUGGGACGUCGAAAUAGCACACGUGAAAUUGUAAAAGUUGGUAUACAUAUGAAGAAAGGAAGUAAACAAAAAAACAAGAAACAUUGUGGACUGAUGUCUCAAUUGUCAUUGGAGUACCAACGUUUUUUGGCAAGUGUGGUCAGAGGGGAGAAUACAUUACAAGUCUGAACAGUG